GCGGUUUAACUAUCUCUCCUAAACUUCUUUAUAAAAACAUUGAAUUUCACGUGUUUUAAUGUUUUUUUAUAAAAACAUUGAAUUUCACGUUAAAAAAUCAUAAUAUAAUAUAUGUUAUUUUUUUUUCUGACUUCAAUUACAAUUGUUUUUUAUUUUUCUUUAUAAGUAACGAGGAGAGAAAAAAUCGAGCUAUAAUAUCUCCAAAUAAUGUUUUCCAUUUUUUGCAACAUAAUUCGACUGUAGCAAGAUGAAAAGUAACAAAACUGUAAUCAAAGAAAACUUCUUCUGAAUUCUUUUUUUAAUUACGAACCUGGUUUUUCCCAUUUCUCUUAAAAGAUUGCUAAGGACAGGCGAAGCGAAAUGAACAUACAUGUGACAAUGCAUAUGACAAUCAUUGUGAUAAUUGUAAAAAAUAGUUACUUUAAAUGCUGAUGGAAACCAACACUUUUUAUGAUGCAAUGUAACGGCAAUUAUCUUGAGUAAACUAAAACAAAAAAAACUUUUAUGAUUCUAUUCGAAAACUCAAUACGCCUUAUUGGAAAAAAAACUUAUUAUUUAUUAUGACCAAGAUGCCGCGCGGGAACGAGAAAAAAUACCUUCAAUUCCUUGAGUUAUAUAAAAAAGCAUAUUCAACACUUGAAAAACAAAAGCAGUAUCAGCAAGCACAAGAGUUGUGGAAAAUAGUAAAAAACAAUGAAUCCUUGUAUGAAAAAAAAAUAAAUGAGUUAAAAGAGAAAGUAACAAAGUCGAAAGUAUCACUUAUGUCAUUCUGGGGAAAUACCAUUUCACCACCUAGCAAAAAGAAAAAAGAUAUCCAUCCAGCGCCGUCUUCGUCAAAUGAAACACGAAGUUUCCUAAAUGCAACUACGACAGAGCCUGCAAGGAUUGAAAUUAAUUUAACAGACAACAAAAAAGAAAGAGAAAAUCCGGCACAAGUUAGGAGUCGAAAGAAAAUCUCAGAUCUUGAAUCACAACGUGCAUCCUUGAUAGUCGUACGUGAUUCUGGUUUAUCUACCGUAACAAAGGAACAAAUAAACACUGUGAAAGAAACCAUAAGAAAAGAAAAAACAAAAUUGGGCAGAUUGAUUCGUGAAUCAGCUCGUCAGAGAAAACGAAGACAAAAACUUAAAGAGAGCAUCGAAACUGUGUGUCAGAACAUCCCUGAAGCAUCAAGUGCUUUGAAACAGUUUAGUUGA